CCCGAAUAAUGGUAAGCAUAAUUGGUUAACUUUCUUGGUUCAUUCGGUUGCAAUGCGCAAUGCAGACACGCGCGCUCAUUAACUUCCUUCUAUUAUGUUGCUUAUUACUAACAAUUCUAUCAUCACAGUCUUCUCCACGUGCAUCCUCCCCCGUUUCCUCGGGCGUGCAGAACUCCGGACGGCCGUCAUCCCCUACGCCACCGGGUGGUCCAAAGACUGCUAUUCGCAGGAGAGCUGCUGCGGACCAGAAGGACAAGGUUGCGAAUGUACGACCAAGCAGCACCAGAGCGGCUGGCGCCGGUGGAAGCAGCAGCACAAUGCUGAAGCUGUACACCGAUGAGUCUCCAGGACUCAAGGUCGACCCCGUCGUUGUUCUCGUUCUGGCUAUUGUAUUUAUCUUCAGCGUUGUUGCUUUACACGUCAUCGCUAAAAUCACCCGCCGAUUCUCCAGCUGAUUCGACGCGCCCACUUUGGGGAGUUUCUACUGUUAUUCGCUUUUGUACCCGGGGUUCUAAGACAUGCGGCAUUUUCGGCUUUGGCGGCGCGGACUGUACUGGAUUUCUAGAUAUAAUUGAUACGGAAGUUCGAGAAAAGCUAUUUUACAAGGGACGUUCUUGCAAGAGACAUUGUAACUUGUGUCGCACACUAGCGACAGUGCAAUCUGUAAAAUAGAAGUUAAUUGACUUGCUUCUUGUCAAGUAUCAUUAAAGGCAGUCUUGUUCAUAUCUGCAUGGUUCAUAUCUGCAUGGUACAUAUAUAAUGGCUUCAAAAAGCUUCGAGUCCUUGAAUGGGGUGUAGUGUAUGAGGCCGCCACAUAUUCGUGUGAGGCUAUUCUAAGACAUGAGCAAAUUGCUACUUGUUAUCAGGGUCCCUGAAAGCUAUCACCCUAGGAGGCUCAAAUGCUUGUUGAUCGCCGUAACUGGCGGUAGCAGUCGUGGCGGCAAUUAAGCGCAUUGGCGAAGCGAGAUAGUGGAU